GUCGUUGGGCUGCCCGCGCUCUUGGAGUCCGCGCGCCCGUCGCAGCAGCGCAAGAACGCGCACGGAACGCGUGUCGCCCCCUGCAUGGACGCGGAGGCUGCCCCGUCGCCGCGAGCACCCAUGGCGGCCCUGGAGAGCACGCUCAACGCCGAGGCCGAGGACGCCGUCGUCGUCAAGCCCGAGACGGCCCUGACAACGACGGAGGACGCCGCAGAAGACAAUGACGCCGUCGGGCCCCUGGAAGCCUGGGGCGAGACGAAAGAACCUGAGAAGGAAGAAAAAAAGCUCCACCAGUGCGUCUUCGACACGAAUCGGAAGCUUGGGUUACAUCUGAAGCGCGGCGACGACGGACGGGCCGUCGUGACGAAGGUCGACGAGGAGGGCCAGGCGGCGGCCGGUCGGCUCAAGGCGGGUUAUAUACUUGCGACCUUCGACGACGAACCAUGUGACGAGUACGAUCUCUUCCUAGAAUGCUUCGCUGGUGCAAAGGAGCACCAGGCACUUAUUAGACUAGGCUUCGAGAAGGUCAAGAGUCAGAAGACCAACGAAGAGGAAGAAUUGGUGGAAAAUGAGUGCGAGGUCCAGGAGGCGAUCGUCGAACGAGCCCCCCCGGAGAAGCGCGACAUGCUCGCGCGGAAGAUUAAAGAUAGAUUACGCAUAUUGGACGCCGAGGCCGACGGCGACGAAGCGGGAGACGCGGCCUUCGCGGCGUACAUGGCGCGCGAGCGCCACGAGGCCGACGCAAAACUGAAAUCGCUGCAGGAGGCCUGGCGCAAGGAGUCGAACGCGAAGGACCGGUCGACGAAUAGGAGAGUGGCGGAGUUGAAAGCCGAGAAUGAUAGACUGAGGGGCUUGUAUUCUUCCACUCAAGUGAAGGAGCUGCCGACGGACAAAGGUCUGGCCAAGGUCAAGGAAGCGCGGGCCGAGUUGGAGCGGCUCCGGGCGCUCCACGGCUAGUUCUUCGCGGGUUUCACUUGAUGCGUAAUUCCAAGUCAAAAAUUAGGUGGGG